ACAUUUCGGGCUUCGGAUUGUAUCUGGGCGAUUGACUCUCUCGGCUUCACAAAGUCCUUUAUAGCUGUGCGCAUUGCAUCAUGGCGCCAGCGAAGAUUGACGACGAUCCAGUGACCGCAGAAUACGAUGUGUUCCUUACGCCCGCCAUGGAAGAGCAGAUCUUCCUGCUACAAUAUCCGAACAGACCGCGCACGCGACCGUACAAUAACACGUUCGGAGCAACUCCACGAAACAUGCGCAUAAAACCGAAUGCUGGCUACCUAGAAGUUGACGUGAAACUCAACACCGACCACAACUUCAACAAAUAUAUGGGUCUCAAAUGGGGCGAUGCGUCACAAACAUCCAAAGAGCUCCACAACGCGACCGGGACUUAUGGUCUUGCUGCUGGUCUCGCUGCUGCCAAAUCACGGGCUUUGAUGAGCAAUCGUGCAAAGCCACUCGCCGACCGUGGUGAUCGAGAACUAGCAUUCGAGCAAGAGCUUGUCAAUUUCCAAAGUGCAGAAUCAGAAGGUCGGGUGUUUUCAACACAGACGUUAGGAGGCCAGAUUGUGCGGCAUGAUGGUCAGGAGGAGGCCGGCAAGGCGAAUUACUUUGCAGGCACCUUCGACGGCGGCACAUUGCAUUUGACGAAAAUUACGGGCACUGUACAAAUGCGACCACAAUUCCAUCAUCUUGACGCAGAAGAGGAGCGGAAUCGUAUCGCUGCCACACGCGCUCAAGCCGAAGCAGCCGAAGCAGGUCCAGCCCCGGCGGGCCACGCAUUGCGACAGCGUGUCAUUACGGAAGAGGAGAAGAAGUCGGCUGAGCAUCGAUUGAAACAGAUUCUCAAGGCUGCGGAGCAGGAACAAUGGAUUCAAAUGCAGUAUAUCGAUGAGGAGACUGAUCGAGCUUACACCGCGUUUGAGGAUAAGCUAUUCGUCAAGAAUACGGCCGAUGCUCCGAAUCUUAAGAGCACGAUGGACAACAUGGAGUAUCUUGAUGCGAUAAGUGCGCCAAGACAUGGCAGUCCCACGAGACGGCGCAGGCGGCCACCGCGACGGAAGCGAACGGUCGAUCUUGCCGCCGGCGAUGACGAGGACCAUGACGAGUUUCACGAUGACGACGACGACGAGGUUCAUGAAGUCGAGAGGGGGGAACCUGCACCUGAUGCUGAUACACACAUGUCGGAAGGCUGAAGUCGAACCCCUUCAUGUGCCGAGAAGCCGAUGUAACAACAAUACUGCAUGUACCGUUGGCGCUUACACUACAGUCUGUGGUGUCAGGAGGUAAGCACUCCGCAGGCCAGCUGUAUCAGAUAUCCCGCAGAGGCCGCAAAGGGCCUAAGAUUGUAAGUUUUGCCCUAUCUUUCGAUAUCACAAUAGGUUGUUUGUCGGAUCAUCAUUGCCGUGAAUUGCGUAUUGGCCAACGCGGCGUUUUGAUUGCGCCAAACUACGGCCGGACGCCCAUCAAAUCUUUAGGAGACUUCAGGGUCAAAUUUGGGAGUGGACGUCAUUCAACCAGAACUUCAUGCGACAAUUGCGUUUUGGAACUACCUAGGUAUCCACCGAAUGCUUGAUGCGAGCGGAGCUUCUCUGUAAAUCCGAGACGUGGGAUCUGUCUUUGUUAUCCUGUCAGUUCAAACCAUAGUACUUCAGCUGCAUCGAAUAACAUUUAUUGGGACUCAGGG